AUUCUGACAGUCAAUAAUCAGUACAAAUAGAACCAACUAAGGAAAACAACAACUCAAAAAAUUGUUUUGAUAAAUUAACACUAACCGAUUAUUCUUAAAGUCGAAAGUUCAUUACAAGAAGCUAUUUGACAUGAAUUCAUGUCAUAAAUAACGUGAAAGAAGAAUCAUUGAAAGUAUCUUCCUAGCAACAGCAUAAAUUACCUCUUAAGUAAACACAAGUGAUUCCAACCGAGUAGCAUAAACCACUUGCCACUUAUCCACAGUAUGUCGGUGAAUCAAGGAGCACAGAUGGCACAAAUAGACUUCAAAACAGACAAAUAUCCAUUUUGCAUUGUGUGGACGCCGAUACCGGUGCUCACAUUUUUCUUUCCAUUCAUCGGUCACAUGGGCAUCGCCUUAUCAAAUGGAGUAAUUAGAGACUUUGCUGGACCGUAUUUCGUGUCGGAAGAUAAUAUGGCUUUCGGGCGACCGACCAGAUAUCUGGUCCUGGACCCAUACAAAGUAAAUGGUGGCGUUGUUGAAUGGGACGAAUGUGUUUCGAAGGCCAGUGUCAUUUAUGGAACGAGAAUGCAUAAUCUAUUUUGCGACAAUUGUCAUUCACACGUUGGCCUGGCCUUACGGCUGAUGAACUAUGAAGGGAAAAAUUGGAAUAUGAUAAGGUUGGCGGGUUGGUUGUUCUUUUGCGGCAAAUAUGUUGGCUGGUGGGGUGCUUUUAAGACCUGGGCACCAUUCAUUGUUAUCGUAACGAUUUGCGCUGUGACGGGAAUGUAUUUGUGAUUUCGUAAGGAAAAUGAGUCUGAACUAAUUGAGAUCUUGACGGAAAAAAAGAAUUAAGAUAAAGCCGAGUGAGUGUACUACAAUAAAUGGUUAUCGUACUUAUAUAUAUAUUACACCUGCACAGCGAUCACUACAAGUGUUGCCAUAAUUAUGAGAAUGUGUUUAAUUCAAAUAUCAAAUCCAUUAUUUGUUUACUCACUUGUUAUCAGAGCUUUUUUUGUUGAUGAUUGAUGCGUUUGUAUAAUCUAUCGUCACAAUAAAACUUAAAUCGAAAGUUCCAAUCGCUUA